AUGAAAAGACUAUCAAUCAUUCAUUGUUUACAAAUAAGAUGUUUAUCUAUGAUUGUUGAAGAGAAGGUUUGUCAAAUUAAAUUAAAUGAUACUGAUCGACUCACGGCAUUUUCAUCAUCAUCAUUAUCAUCAUCAUCAUCAUCAUCAUCAUCAUCAUCAUCAUCAUCAUCAUCAUCAUCAUCAUCAUCAUCAUCAUCAUCAUCAUCAUCAUCAUCAUCAUCAUCAUCAUCAUCAUCAUCAUCAUCAUCCAAAGCAUCAUCAUCAUCAUCAUCCAAAGCAUCAUCAUCAUCAUCAUCAUCCAAAGCAUCAUCAUCAUCAUCCAAAGUAUCAUCAUCAUCGUCAUCAUCAUCAUUAUUAUCACUACCAUUAUCUUUAUUAUCAGAAAGUCAAUAUUUAUUUACACAAAGUCAUUCGUGUUUUGUUUCAUGUUCAUAUGAGGAAGUGAUUUCAUAUUAA